GGUUGACUCGUUGGAGUGCAUUUCAUGCAUUCCUAGCAGAUAGGCUGAAGGAAACGCCUAGUUCACUGGCAGCUGGAGGCUAGAAAGCAUGUAGGGAGUUCAUGAACAGUGCUUGUCUCCUUCCUCAGCCAUAGCAGAACGCUCACAGCCUUUCGGGGGAAGGAUCCCAAACUACUGGACGCAGCAUGACCGCCUGCAUCUGGAAAACCUCACUUGGUGCGGCACCGCUCAUGACAGUGAGUUAAGGGGAAGCGGCUAACUACUCUCGGAAGUCUUAUCCUUGUGGGUCUCUGUGCUGACAGUGAUUAAGGGGCUGUUGGUUAUUGAAAAUGGAAGAAACGAGGAGGCUCUCGCCAAAGCCAUGUAAAAGCAAAGAACCUGUGAAAACAGAAUGGGGGUCUCAGAGUGUCGUAUUUACGUAUUUCCAAGGGGACAUUAACACUGUGGUAGAUGAACAUUUUUCUAGAGCUCUGAGCAAUGCCAAGAACCCACAAGACCUGAGCACAAAGCAGAAGGGUGAGACAGUUGUCCUGAAGAACGUAGAUAGCAUGUCUUCCCAUCAGUGGAAUUUCUCUUCACAUUGCUCCAAACCAUAUCCGUCAUCUUCUGCUACAAGCAUGUCAAAUUCUGGCCUGAAUUUUUCUGCUGCUGAUGUGGCAGGUCAAUACCAGCCAUCAGCUCUGCGGAGUCAUCCAACUCAGCCUGCAGAUUUAUGGCCUUUCCCUUCGAUUGGGACUCCCAGUCUUACCAGUUCGGUGUAUCAUCAUGACUUGCCCGACCUGCACGCGGUAGAUGAGCCGAUCUCUGACAGGAAAUACGGUUCUCUUCUUGGUCUUCUGCAACAGGAAAGGUGCCUACCGUCCAUGCAAGAAUGUACCAUGAAGCAACAUUUAAGUUCUCCUUGUGUGACUGGACCUGCUAGGUUACAAAAUAUAAGUCAAAGUUCAGCUCUUGGAGGAGAGAGGAAAGCAAGCUCUUACCAAGGCUCAGAAAAUCCCGGCGUAAGCCACGCCACUGCAGGUAUUCAGAUUCAUGACAGAAGACAAGAUUUGUACUUUUAGCAACUGGAUGUUUCUGCUACUUCUGAAAGAGAAAGUUCCUGCUGUGAACUUUUAUUCUUUGCAACUGUGAAUCAAGAAGAAAUGAACUGCAGCUAUUCUGUGCUUUUUCUCUCAGCUGGAAGAAUACUUGUACUAUUUACUAUUUGAGGAAUGAAAAAUGAUCCUUUUCUAUUCAGUAAAUAAUUUCUAAUAGCUGUGGUAUUAAACCUGACAGUAUAUUUGUUGUGAAGAAAUAUUGUCUACUUGUGGCUUUUCAAGUAGCCGUUUUGAAAGGACUCUUAGCACUUUUUAAUCUUUCUGUGUUCAUUCAUUUACCAUCUCUUCAUAAGAAGCACAAGUCUUAUCAAUGCAUUUUAUAACUGGUAAGUGCAGGGAUGCAGUUAGCAUAAAAUCAGUGCUGUAGCUUCUUAGUUCAUUUUGAUCUCUCCAUAUUGUUUAAAGUAGUCUUAGACCCCGGGCAAGAGACUUCAAGACAACCGCAGGUCGGCAAAGUGUGUUAUCAGAUUUAUGUUUCAGAAGCACAGCAAUUUAUAACCAUACUUCCAACUCAGAGGAUCUCUUCAGAACCUAUAGUAUAUGCAUAUGCCCAAAGUCUCUGUUUUGCCCUCUCAUGAUGUAUAAUUAUCCUCUAGAAAACAGUGAAUUAACAGUAUAUCUGGGAGAAAAUCUGGAUCUUCACUGGAUGCAAUUAAAAUAGCGUUGAGACAAAAGCUGGAGGUGGGAAUGGUCUAUUUUCACAGCCUUUCUGCAGGUGUAAAAGUUCUUUUCCUGCCGUGUUGAAUUUUAAGUUAUUGAGCUUGAAGGUCUUGACCACCACAAGUGGAAAAUCAGUCCCUUCAUGGUAGCUGCACCCCUCAGAGUGGCUGACCUGGAGGUGAUCUCAGUGCUCCACCAUGCAGAGCUCAGGGCUGCCACUUCUGCUGUAUCAACGCUGCGCGUUCGGAUCCCCGCAUUGCUUCACCUCUCACCCUUGGCAAAUAUGUUUGCUGAAGCUACUGUGAGUAAAACCUCAUGUGACUGGUGUUUAGCUUUGUGUAUGUAAUCCCCACAGUAAAAGACUGCUUUGCCUUUAUUAUAAAUCUUAAGGAUAAAAAUGAUUUGGGUUUAUUUUUUUCCUUCUUCAUUAGCUAUACAUUACAUUAAUUUAAUAUAAAGGAGUACAAUUAAUGCAGUUGCUUAAGGAAAUUUGACCUUUGAGAUCUAGAGUUUGUGAUUUAUAGGACAAAUCCUUACCUGGUGCAUUUGUGGCUCUAUGUACACCAGAUAUCUAUACUGCCACUGGCAUACUUCACUUACAAUUUGUGGAAUAUUAUAAAUAAUAUGAAUUCAGCAACUUUAGAUUUUAUGAUACUAAUUUUAAAAAAUCCAGUUUGUAUCAUGCAAGUUUGCUCUAAAGUCUGCAUGAGUGGGACCAGCCUGAGAUCACAGGCAGAGGGAACAGCUUUAACUAAAUUGAAAGGUAGCCCAACAUCCUGUCUCCCUAUUGAUAAGCACGGAAAAAUCACUCGUGUUAAAUUUUUUCUACUAAGUUGCCUUUCUUCUUUUUCAACUUUAGGAAUACCUCUCCAAGUAUUUUUAUUUUGUCAUCCCAAAUCACUUAAUUCCCUGAUUUUCAAGGCUAUGUGGUAAUAUAGUCUGACUUCCUCUAUGAGCUGAAGCAAAGAUUUCCAAGCUGUACUCUGUACACCUGUCUUACUAGCACUGUCGUGAAUUCCAGUAAUGUUACUUCUUCAAACAGUCAAAUAUUAUUUUUCCCUUCCUCUGCCAUCCAACCUAAAGGAAAAUGCUUAAAUAAUUUCUUUCUAAGGUCUGAAAAGAUGUAUAUGGAAAUGCUCUUAAAAUGCAGUGCUUCUCGGAGAAGUUUGGUCUUGUCCCUGUCACAGCUGGGAACGUUCAAGGUGACUUACAAAGCCCACAUUUCUGGAGAAUCAGCCCAGUGGAGUGGGGAAAAAACAUACCCUUGUUUUUAAAUGCAUGUCACAAAGACACAAAGACAUCAGUAAUUCUGCCUUGACACAAUAAUGCUUUGAGCCAUUGAUGCACAGUUUGGCAGCAUCGCAUCCUCUCCAUCCGCUCUGCGGCAGACACGGGGAAACGGAGCGAGUGUCUGGGCAGCCCAAGGGCCGGUGUCUUAUCCCAGUGUCCCCUUCGCCAGUUUGAGCUUGGUGCCGGGCUCCGCACCGGGUGUGUAGGUGCUUGCUCUCCUCCCUGACUGAUAGAAGAAGGGUGACCUUGGGGCAGAGGGAUGGGGAAUCAAGGCUCUGCUGCUCCAGCAAUUUCUUACGCCACCGCGGUGAUGUACACCACAGCGUGCCUGGGUUAUAGGCAUCUUUUCUUCUGCAAUAAACAUAGUCAAUCUAUCAGUGCAAUCUGCCUUUCAUGAUUUAGCAUUAAUA